CUCCUCCCCUCCUGUAAGUAAGUACAUAUGCUUUGUCUACACCUCCUCCUCCUCCUCCCUUCCUAUUCUUCCUCCUCCUCCUUCUCCACUUCUCCCCUUCCUAUUCUUCCUCUUCCUCCUCCUCCUUCUCCCCUUCUCCCCUUCCUAUUCUUCCUCUUCCUCCUCCUCCUUGUCCCCUUCCUAUUCUUCCUCUUCCUCCUUGUCUUCCUUCUCCAACAAGAGUUAGUAUCAGAUCAUGACAAAUACAUCCUUUCUUCUUGUUGCUUUCUUCUCUUUCCUGCCCUAUACAUAAGCCAUACUACCACCACCAUCACCACCACCUCCUCCUGCUCCUCCCCUACUACCACCACCACCACCACCAUUGUCCAGUAAGACGGCAGGACAGUUGACUCGUGAUCGCCGAAGGAAGUGGACGUUCCAGGAGCAAUGGUGCGCCUGCUGUGGGUGUGUCUGAUGCUCUCGACGGCAGCAGCGACCCUCCUCCCCGACGUCAUGAGAGGUGACAGCAGGAGUCAGGCCAAUCUGCGGCGCCUCCUGCCUCGCCACGCGCCAGGUGUGAACGCCACCAGUUACCUAAGGGAGGAUGAAGGAGUCCGGCGCAUCGAGUUACUGCUCUCCACUGGUCAGUCCGCGGCGGAGAGGGAGAGGAGGGUGACGAUGCAGAGGAAGGCGAAGACGAAGGAGCUGCUGGAGGGACACGUUAUGACCAUCGUUCUGAAACAUCGGCUCCCCUACGUAUCCCUGAAGCUGGAUGGGCGCAGGGUCCUAGGCGCCUCUGGGAUCCUGAUAGAGUUGCUGCACAGUCUGACACGCCUCUACAAUUUCUCCUACACAAUGAAACUACCUGACGACGACCAGUGGGGCUCCAUCAACUCAGAAGGAAAGUGGAACGGAAUGGUGGGGGAGGUGCAUCGUUACGAGAUGGACAUGGCGCUGGGUCCCACAUCCAUCACAGAGGAGCGGGAGAAAGCCAUUGACUUCACUACACCCUUUGACUUCGAGCCUUGGGACAUUAUGAUUGCUGCCGCGGGGGAGAACGUCGACUUGGCAACCUUCCUCAUGCCCUUCAAUGACCUGGUGUGGGUGGGGCUACUGGUGUCGUGGGCACUGGUGGGGUCGCUGACUGUCCUCCUGUCUCACCCCCUCAGUGGAUUCCCAAGGGCCAGCACCUAUCCGUACCGUCACGCCCCACGCCCCGUCUCCCUCCUGCGCUCCCUUCUCGACAACCUUGGCUCCCUCACCUCCCAGAGCGUAACGCAGCCGCAGACGGAGGCGACGCGGGUGCUGGCGGCGUGGUGGUGGGUGUUCAGCGUCAUCACCAUCGCCUCCUACAGUAGCAAGUUGAUCUCCUCUAUUACCGUGCGCUUCAGUAACCCCGGCAUCACCUCCAUGCUGCAGAUGGUGGAAACGCGCUCCAUGUUGUGGACCUACCAAGCUAACAGUGCCAUGGAGGAGCUUUUUAAGUACUCAGAGCCCAACAGUAUGUUCGGCAAAGUGGGAGGGCUGCACCGGGAGAGGGAUGGUCUGCUGGUGUUCUCCUUCGAGGGCGGCGUGAAUGCAGUGCUGCAGGAUGGUCUGGCGUACAUCGAGGACGCGUCGCUACUGGAAAUGGCGAUAGCGAGCGACUUAGCCAUCCACGGGUCCUGUCGCAUGAGUCUGGUGAAAGACCACUUCUUCUCCACCCGCUUUGGUAUGAUCCUGCAGAGAGGCUCCCCGUACCGCGACGCCUUCAGCCUGAACAUCCUGCAGUUCCUAGACACGGGCCUGAUGGACGCCUGGAAGAAGCGGUUCUGGCCCGUGGCGAGUCGCUGCGUAAGUGGGACAAAAAAGCAACCGGUCCGUGCCCUCAACUUGCUGGAUGCUGCUGGUACCCUCCUCCUGCUGCUGGGCGGCGCUCUGCUCGCCUCCACUCUGCUGCUGGGGGAGAUCCUGCUGGGAAGGAUGAUCAGUAACCAGGACUGAAGCAGAUAAUGUUUGAAGUCCUAAGAUGCGGGAUUUAUACUUGAAGAAAAAAAACUAUUCACAUUA